AUGACUAGUAGAGGAGGAGUUCCCGGAGGAGGAGUAGGCAGAGACCGAUUUCGAAGAGAUUUUUCCUCUUCUCGAUUCGAAUCGAAUAAUAGUAACAGUAAGAGAGGGAAUAAUCCGCCGUCGAGACAUCUGUGGGUGGGAAAUUUGUCUCACAGUCUAGUAGAGACCGAUUUGACGGAUCAAUUCUUGCAGUUCGGUGACCUGGAUAGCGUUGCAUUCCAGCCGGGACGCAGCUAUGCUUUUGUUAAUUUUAAAGACGAAGAGGAUGCGAUUGCGGCCAUCAAGUCUCUCCAGGGUUUUCCUCUCGCUGGCAACCCUCUUAGGAUUGAGUUUGCUAAGGCGGACAAGUCAUCAACACCAUCACACGAUGAAGAUUACUUGCAACGACGAGAUGAACAACGCCUUACAUUAAGGGGAUCCCCUUUCUUGCAGAGGGACUCUAGAAUGCGUAAUGCUAGCCCUGACACAUUUUACCCUGAUAAAUCCAAGAUGAAUGAUAAUAGUGCAGAACCUAGUGAGGUAUUAUGGAUAGGUUUUCCAGCUUUGCUGAAGGUUGAUGAACUGAUCUUACGGAAGGCUUUUUCACCUUUUGGUGAGAUCGAAAAGAUCACUGUAUUUCCAGGUCGUAGUUAUGCUUUUGUCAGGUUUAAAAAUCUAAUGUCAGCUUGCAGGGCGAAAGAAACUCUUCAAGGGAAAUUAUUUGGCAACCCUCGUGUGCACAUUUGUUUUGCCAAGAAUGAAGCUGGGUCUUCAAAUAGUGGAAGGACCCCGCUCUCCCCACAUUACAAGCCAAAUGGUCGCCAGGUAGCUCCUGAGAACUUCCGGCAGGAUAGGAGUUUUGGGAGCAUAACUAAAGAUCCCAUUAUCAGAUCUCCUCAUUUCAUCUCGGAUUUGGAUCCUGGGGAUCCUGAUAUCUAUAGGAAGGGAACCUUGCACCAUGGUGGAAACAGUACAUUUGAUAACUGGAGGUUUGGGGAAGAACUAGGACCACCACCAGAUGUGUAUGAACGCCUUGGUCCAUUUUAUGAAGAACCAUGGGAUUUGCCAGAAGAUUCCUAUCUGUAUCAUGAAGCCAAGAAAUUGAAGACAGGCUCCUUUCCUCCUGACCAGGAACUUCCAGAGUAUCCUUACUCUGAUUUAGAACACGAGAGAAGGGCUUUCCCAAGGGCAUUUUCUGAUUUUCCCCAAACAGAGGCAUUUGAUAAGAACUUCGAGGCUGAACCUUUUGGAUACAAACCAAUCCAAGACCAGGCAAUCAAUUUACCUCUUCCUCUUGGAGAAAGGAGUGACCCCUGGAAAGUAUCUUAUGAUGAUUUCCAGGCUGGCUCUGGUUCUCUGCCCGCAAAUCGUGCUGAGAGGAAAAGAUUCACUCCUGAACCAGAACAGUCCUCUUUGAACUUAUGGAAAUGGGAAGGGACUAUAGCAAAGGGAGGAACUCCAGUCUGUCGUGCUCGCUGCUUUCCCGUGGGAAAAGCGCUAGACAUCAUGUUGCCUGAUUUUCUGGAUUGCACUGCAAGAACUGGUCUAGACAUGCUUGCAAAACACUACUAUCAAGCAGCGUCUGCUUGGGUUGUAUUCUUUGUACCUGCUAGUGAUGCAGAUAUAGGAUACUAUAAUGAAUUCAUGCAUUAUCUGGAGGAGAAGCAGCGUGCAGCGGUUGCUAAAUUGGAUGAUAAGACCACCUUGUUUCUUGUACCUCCAUCUGAUUUCUCGGAGAAAGUACUGAGAGUACCUGGCAAAUUGAGCAUAUCUGGUGUUAUUUUGAGGUUAGAGAAUUCUGGUUCAAAUGUUGGGUCUCUUCACCAUCCAAAUGAAAAUAGGGAUACAAAUAUACUGCCCUUUCACAGGGAUCCAUCAUAUCCAAAGCCACCAACACCUUCAGGUCAGUUUCCUUCAAUGGCCCCUAUUUCAGAUUUGAGUAGAUCAAGAGGCGAUCCAACUUUUCUGGGGAAUGUGGCUUCUUCAGCUCCACCUGGGGCAUUUUCGAGUUCGGCCAAUCCUGCUGGAAGUAUAUCCGAUUCCUACAAUGAGAGUAGGCAUGAUUAUCCUCUCCAACAGCGGAACCCCACGUCAAAGCCCAACUGGUCUCCUCACCAUUCGCUUAACAUUGUUUCUGGUAAUAGAAAUGUACCAUCACAAGCAUCCAAUACUAGUAUUGAUCCUGUUAUUCCAGAGCAUCACUCAGUCCUGCCAAGGACAAUGCAAGAAAAUGGCUCUACACAUUUUGCAAGGGGAAUGUCAACCAAUCCAGCAUCUGGAAACAGUAAGUCAACCUUCCAGGAAACCAAGCCUUCUGUUCCAGUGUCUUUGCCUAUUGCAGGUUUGCAACCACAACAGCUUGCACAAUUAGCAUCAUCUCUUUUAGGGCAGUCAAGGCUAUCGGGUAAUAAUUCAAAUGGAUCUGCUAGUGAGGAUUUUAAGCCAACAGUGAAUCAGCCUGACAACCAAUUUGGAAUGGCACAAACACAUGGUUUGCACAGCAGUCAGGUGGGUUCUGAGAUUCUAACGUCUCAGUUCGGUCAAUUGCAACAGUUGCAGCAGCAGGUAUCAAAUGUGCCUACAGUGCCACCCCCAGUUAAACAAGAGCUACAGCCAGGGGCUCAGGGUAAUCCACAGAUGCAAAGUGCCAGCACACAAGAAGAAGUGGAUGGAGAUCCACAGAAGCGUCUGCAAGCAACAUUACAGCUCGCAGCAGCUCUUCUUCAGCAAAUACAACAAGGGAAAGGAACUUGA